AUGGCACCUUCGACUCAUUUCAAGCUGAAUACCGGUGCUCAGAUCCCUGCCGUCGGACUUGGCACCUGGAGAUCUGAGCCUGGCCAAGUACGCCAGGCGGUUUCAUUCGCACUGAAGAAUGGAUAUAGCCACAUUGACGCUGCAUUGAUCUAUGGAAAUGAGCACGAAGUCGGGCAGGGCAUUAAGGACAGUGGUGUCGCUCGCGAAAACAUUUUCAUCACCAGCAAGCUCUGGAAUACCCACCAGUCGAAUGUGGCAGAAGGCCUCCAGAAGACACUUGAAGCACUGGGUACAGACUAUCUCGAUCUCUAUCUCAUCCACUGGCCAGUGCGACUAGUCGCUAAUGAGACAAGCGCCCUUCUACCAGUCAAUCCCGAUGGCACACGAUCCGUCGACCGAAGCUGGGACCAGAACGAGACCUGGCGUCAAAUGGAGGAAGUUUACAAAGCAGGCAAAGUCAAAGCCAUCGGCGUGGCCAACUGGUCAAUUCCGUAUCUCCAGGAGCUCAAGAAGAAGUGGACUGUUGUCCCUGCUGUCAACCAAGUCGAGCUUCACCCUUUCCUUCCUCAGCAUGCGUUGAAAGAAUGGUGUGAUGGGCACGGCAUUCUCCUGGAGGCAUAUUCACCACUCGGGUCUGAAGGAGCCCCACUCAUGUCUGAUCCCACGAUUCAAGAAAUCGCCAAGAAGAAUGAUGUUUCGCCUGCUGCUGUACUCAUCAGCUACCAUGUCAAUAGGGGUGUUGUUGUACUGCCCAAGUCGAUCAAGGAGAAUCGCAUCGUGAGCAACAGUCAAAUUAUUCCUCUCUCAGGCCAGGAUAUGGAUGUGCUCAAUGGACUGGCUGCGCAAGGAAAGGCGAAGCGUAUCAAUACGCCCCUAUUUGGUUGGGACCUUGGCUUCGAUGACUGGUACAAGCAGUGA